AUGAAUCCCAACCCUACUUGCAAAGUGGUGAUAUUUCCUCGUAAGCCUUUUCCAAUGUCGUUGAUGAUUCUAUCGGAUCAGUUCAACAAGGCCAACGGAAAGAACAUUCUUUUAAAGUAUUACUUUAUCAUCCCUUCAAAUUCCGAAGCUACUUUUAUGGAAUUUUUGAACAAGUACUUUGAAGAGAGGGAUACCGUGGAAUUUGUGGAACGAUUUUUUCAUGAUCAAGAUUGUUCAUGUUUUCAAAAAGGUGAAUGGGUUAAGAAAGUUGGGACCUUAAAUGAAAAUGAUGAUUUUAAUGAACAAUAUCACAGUUCUUACAAAAAGACCAGUGUUUUGAAUUCAUCUUUGUUUUUCAAUGCAUUGUCCUAUGAAGAAACAACGGAUUUUGAAGCAAAUAUUUCUCAAAACUAUAUUCAGUUACUGGUUCAAAGACGAGAGUUUGUAAAGAUAGGUUCAACCAAUUUCAAAGUGACGUUGGAUUUUACUGAAUUUCCAAAUGGUGAUACUUUUAGUGUUUUUGCGUUUCAUGCACUUGUUGAUCAUGAAUGGAUAGAAGAAAUUUUGAAUUUAGACAGUCAUCAACCACUCAUUGGUGUAGAAAUUAAACCUGCCAGAAGUAAGAUGAUCGAAUACUUAUAUAGACACCAACGAGAUGUAUAUAUGCAGUUAAUGAAAACGAAUGACAUUCCGAACGACAUUCAAUAUUACUCAAGAGAUCAUUGCCUUUCAAAAGGCUAUCAUUGCAACAGCAAGAUCACUUUGUGGAUCGAUCGCUGCAGAGGAACAGUUCCAAACGUGUCAACACUGGCAAAGAAUCUUGGUAUUAAGCCAAACAUGUUUUUGGCGUUUUUAAAAGAGCGUCAUGUGAAUUGUCGAAUUGCGUUGAUUUUCAAGCAUUACAUGAAAUACUCUUCAAAAACCAAACAAGUUGCUUGCUCACUGAAUAGCAGAAAUGAUGACGAAAAAAAAGAGUUCAUAAGUGACUCCUUUACAGUAACAGACGCUUUUGAGAAGAAAUUGGUACAGUUUCCUACCAUUAACACGUAUUCAGUGUGCAUCAUUUACGGAUUUCCUGUGGUAGAAAUUGAAACUAAAACUCCCAACCAGUUAGAGAAAGAAUUUGAAAGAGAAAUCAAUACAGGGUGGGUUAGAGUGUUAGAAGAACAAAAGAAAACAACACUUUACCUCCGCUCCUGCAAAUGA